CUUCCCGCCGCCUCCCGCAACAAUUACCGGGAGUGAGGAGCCGCAGGAGCCCUCGGCAGGCGCCGGAGCCCCGCUCCCGGCAGGAGAGGAUGAGGUGAGAUCACGGUCGCUUUGAGUCCAGUGAAGGCGCGGACAGCAGCAGGGCAGUGGCUGACUCAGAACUGCGGGAGAAAUCUACAGAAAGUUUCUUCCCCCUGGCAUUGCAGUACAGUCUACUUACUUCAGUAACCAAGUAACCUGCUGUGUCAGAAGUGUGGCUGGUUUUGUGUCAGAGGUGGAAAGGAAGCAGUUUCGAGGUCUCACCCAGAAAAUGAUGCGCUGAUACACCACCCUUCGCUAUGCUUGGUGUUUGUGUGCAGUGUGUAAAAAAACACAAGUCAACUCCAUCAUCACAAAACACAAUCAUCACUUAAUUGCAGUGAUGAUUCAGCUACUCAUAAAGCUCUGAAUGGAGCUGGUGAGCUCCAGAUCCAUGUGAGACACGUUGGCAGCUUACUGCAGUCUGGAUGUAGAAACAUCUGCACCGUGUGAUACCAGUUAAAUGGCUGCUCACAUGUUCCUCUGGUGUGUAACUGGGAACUCAUUUGUUGGUUUCUACUUUCAAAUAGCAAGGCUUUUCUUUAAAAGACUCAGUUUUAGUGCGGGAAGACACUGGCCUUGCUUUUAGAGAACCAGCUGACAGCCUCUCCUGAGCUGUCUCAGGCUUUAUUAGGAUGCACUGCAGUCGCUCAGGCUUGGGAGCAGAAAUUGUUUCAUAAGUAUGUGGUCUGUGUGCUGCAUGUGAAGAGCUUAAAAAAACAACACGAAACUACCAAACCCAAGAAAAGAAAUUUUUUUAGCACUUCUGCAGCAGCAGAGAGCUGGGAUUUUCCAACAGACAAUGAGGCAAUAGCUAGAGGUGGUGACAAUUCCUCUUUUAGGUCUCAUGGAUAGUCCAGCUUUUGCAUUCACUUUUUAUGCUGUCACAGCGGUCACUUCUAAGCACUUUUUCCGUGCAAGAGGUCAGUUUGGACCCAAGAGCCUAAGGAAUGCUUUAUACACAUUUGAAUUACCACUUCCUACAGACAGCGUGCUGGUAAAAGUCAUUUGGUACCUUCCAGGCACAGGACACACAGAGAGCAGAGCACACAGGCCCAGCCAGUACCGUUUAACUCCAUUUUAAGUCUACCGAGUAACUCUUACUGCUAAAAGACAUAUUUCUUGCAAAGAUAAACCUGCCUGUGAGAUCCUCCUGAAGAGCUUGUUGGCAGCAAUAGUCAGCUGUGGCUUCUGAGCUCCCACUCCCAUGCUUUCAUCAUAUUUACUGUCAGCCAGUCACCUGGAAGGUGCGUGGAGCAGCGCAGGGAGUAUUUUAAUGCCAGGGUGAAACCCAUUUGUUGGUGAUUCCGUGCCGUGAUUUCCCCCUUUUCUUGUUCUGAGGACUCUUUCCACCAUGACCUCUUUCGAGGAAGCCGAAACAGAAGAAACAGUGACGUGCCUCCACCUGACCUUUUACCACCCUGGCCAGGAUGAGAAGAUGAUGUUCCGCUGCCUGAAUUUCUGCAAGCGUGAGCAGGUCAGGGCGGACGACGUGGCCAAGUUCGGCCGCGAUUCCAGCGUCUGCCGCUACAACCUGAUGGACACGCGCGUCUCCCGGAUCCAGUUCUCCCUGCAGUUCUACAGGAAGCUCCAGGCCUCGGAAUAUGGUUUUGAGAUAAAGAACUUGAGCAAGAAAACAAAACUGACCGUCAACCAAACAGAACUGGGUUACUUAAACAAAAUCGACCUGCCCUGGAAGUGCAUCAUCUCUUUUGGGGACUACCAGAUCCUAGCAGAGAUUCAAGAAGGGGAGGCCAUGGAUUAUUUUGAGACCCACUUACACUUGGCUGAAGCACCGAUCCUACAAGAAAGGUGCCUGCCAUGCCUGCCAUCCCUGCAACCUAUACCCGAGAACGGCGUUUCUCCUUCCUAUUUUCUUUCCCAAGGCAAAAGCCCCACAGAGAUGGAUGAAAAUGAGCUGUGACAGCGGGGAGAAGGAGGCUGCCUCAGGUUCUGCGGCCUGCACAGCUUCCAGCGUGGACAGCUCUCACCUCAGCCCGCUGUUCUUGGUGCUGCUCACUGACUGCUGCACAUCAGUCUUCAUGGUGUUUUCAGCACAGGCAUUCCAGAGCACUGUUCCACAGAAAUGGAUCCUUGCCUUCACUGAGGCCUGAGGGCUGUCUGAUGCCCUGUGGGAGACAGGGGGGGUCACUCAAAUCCGUGGCAGCAGGUUCAAUGCCAGAAGUGUGGCCACGUGCCUCGAAGGGAUCUUUCACAGGCAUUAAAACAGAGCUUCGGUCCCAGCCAAGGGGUGACGCAAUGUUUUGUUGCAUGUCAUAGUUUCUGCUUUGCUGUGGACACCAAACUCCAAAAACAGUAUUUGCAAGCCUAGGUUGUAACUUGACAGAUUUUGCAACUUAGAAACACUUUGUCCUUUUAUGUUUUCAUAAGCUUCAAAGCAAGGUGGGUUUUUUUUUAUUUUUACUUACUGGACAUAUAUAUAUAUAUAUAUGUAUAUAUUUUUUGCAAGUUAACUUGAUACUUUUGCUUGUGAUGUAGACAAACAUGUAGCAUCAAUGAUCAUGGUCUAUAAAAAUUAAUUUUGUAAUAAAAGCAUUUUGUUCCCUAGUAAGGAUUUGCUCUAUUACACAGCUGCAGUCUAAAAGAAUUUUUGGAGAAUAAAAUGAUUUCCAGGACCAUCCAGGUAAGAGGUUCACUGUCACUAUUCCAAAAAUGCCAUUUCUCCAAGGUCAGAAUUUACUUAAAUACUUUCAGGAAGUUUUCUACCUCUAUCCUCUAUCCAAAUCUCUCUAAUAAUUUUCUUGUCUUGUAAGUAUUUGUCAGGUUAUUUCAGUCAAGUUUUUCUUUGUCAGGGGCUCAGCUUUUCAUUGGCAUUUGGCUUUUUUUUAAUUUUGUCAAGUACAUUGGUUCUCUUGAAAGACACACUGGGGAGGAGUUCCCCAUUUUAUCAUCCUUAAAUAUUAGGAUGCAUUUCAGCAUUAAUCAUUCCAAGAAAACCAUAAUUAUAACUGAGGGGAGGGACAGCUGAGAUUCAGGCAACCAACCACGAGCGAGGGAAAGCCAUGGGAGGGGCAAUGAAACUCAGAGACAGUCUUAUGUAGGAUUUGUCUGUCCAUCUCGUCAUGUUGCUGUGUUUUCCACCCCUGGAACCAACCAGGCUGUGGUUUCCAAACAACAAUCCCUUGCACAGCUGCAUCUGCCUGAGGUAAAGGCCAGCCAUGUAAAACACACAUUAAAAAAUGAACUGUCUGCUAUCACUACAUUGAUCCACCCAGCAGAAGCGAAUUUACACCAGGAAGGUUAUUUCACCUUGGAAGUGGGAGGGUGCAGCUGCUCAUUUCCAACAGGAGAAGGGCUCCAUGCUCCAAAUUCCUCAGGUCUUCUGUUACUGCAGCUUGUUUAGAGCUUCCCUUCCAAAGCAACAGGUCCCCAAAAGGGACACUGUGGGAUUCAGCAGGGCUCUGACGCGGCCACCGCAACAACCCAGCGACAGAUACACCACUGCCAAAUGUAAGACUUGCUGAAAAUUUUAAUGACUUUUAAAUUUUGUACAGAUAUGCAUUUUACAGUACCCUUGAAUUGUUUCACAUGAGCUGCUUAUAGAAUCUCUCAGUUUCUGAAACAUCCACAAAUACGGAGCAUCGCUUCAGAGUCACUCAGCGUGGCGCGCUGAGCGCCGCACGGGUUAUCGCGAACCGUGGCUACUGAACAUGCCCAUCACUGAAAAAGCUGGAGUCAGCCUCCUUUUUCCUAGGUGCUUGUUCAUCCUGAGGGCAGGACUGUCAGCUAAUUGACUUCCUCAAGGCAUGGUCAGGACAAGGCCACCUCAUGUUCACUGGCCAGGAAAAGCAGUGACCGCUGCAGGGGAGGUGGCAGUUUCGGCAGGUAAAAAACAUGUUAUGUACAUGUUGAGGAAGUUGCCUUCCUUCCCAUAGGAAUAUAUUGUACAAAGGAAGGUCCAGGAGAAGUCACACAGCAGUAGCUUAGGCCAAACCCAAAAUAUACAUUUGAUGUGUACAGAUAUUUAAAGCUCAUUACAAGUAUUGCAAAUAUAAAUAAUGGCAUGAAGAUAUUUCCAGUGACAUAGCUACAACUGAAAGGAAGAGAUGGAAUGUCACCAACAGGAUUUAUCUGUUCUCUCAGGUUAUUUGUACAUAUUUCAUCCCAGUGUGCAGUAUUUUUGUUCCUUAUCCACGCUGUAAUGACCCAAAUAUUCCAAACAGUUUCAGAUAAUCUCAACCAGUGACACAACUUUCACCAACAAAUUCAGAUGAUGACAGCGCAGGGUCAUUUCUUAUCACAACCUGUUCCUUUUACUCCAAAACAAAGUUAAACCCUGUCACCCUUUUUUUUCCAUGGAAAAACGAGACAGCUACACAAAAUAAUGGCAGAGCAGAAUGGCUUUGCUUUGAAACUUUGGGGAAAGCUUGAGAUCUGCAAGUAUUCUGCAGGUUCUCUUAUUAAAAAGUAAGAUUUACAUGGAAUACUGGAGGAGACCGCACAGCACAGGACACCAGCAGUGCAGUCACUGAACACCUCCAUGGAUUUCAUGGAUUAACCACCCACUUCAGAGGCACAGGAAAGGCAGAGCACUUCAACACACUGUUAAAACACGAAUUUUUCUUCUUCCUUUUCAAAAUGCAGAUACAGAAAUUCAGUCUUUAGGUUCUUGUUCUUCCCACCCCAGCAGCAGCAGCAUCAUCCCUACCCCAGCUGGCUCACUGAGUGUUGCUUUUCCAUAACUGUUCUGGUCCAUUGGAAUUAUCACUUUUCCACAACUGAGGAAUUUUUAGGACUGUGUAGCAACACAUGUUGGUCUGUCCAGGGAAAACAAGACUUUGGUCCUCCCAGUUCUCGACUGGUUAAAAUUCCCUCUUUAUUGACACGUAGAGAAUUUGUAUUUUAUUUUAUUUUUGUUUCUCUAUCUAGCACGCACUUACUAAGCCUGGCAUGUUAUACAAGACAAUAUCUUACCGAACCUGAUGAGUUUUACUAUGUUCAUUGAGGUUAACCGUGCUUGGCAUAAAGCAAUUAAAAAAAUAAAGUGAAGGGAAAAAGGACAACACAAGACUAGGAAGACUUAAAGCUAAACAGGGGAAAAUCUGCAAUUUGCCACGUGUCAAAUCCAUUUUGCAGCUCUUACUUUUGCACCCUCUAAGCAGCUGAAGAGCGAGUCAAAAAGCACAGACCAGAAGUAAAAAUAUUUUAAAAUUGUUUCUCUAUCUUCAAGUAUUAAAUAAAUUAUACGAGACUUAUUCUGAGAUAAAUAUUAGGCCAAUGAUCAAUUUCAAAACAAAAUCAAUAGAAACAUCACC